AUGACAGCUCAAGUUGGAAUACUUGUUCCAUUGUUACUACACACUAAACAGCAAGUUGGAAUACUUGUUCCAUUGUUACUAAACACUAAACAGCAAGUUGAAAGACUUGUUCCAUUGUUACUAAACACUAAACAGCAUGUUGGAAUACUGGAUCCAUGGUUACUAAACACUAAACAGCAAGUUGAAAGACUUGUUCCAUUGUUACUAAACACUAAACAGCAAGUUGAAAGACUUGUUCCAUUGUUACUAAACACUAAACAGCAAGUUGGAAUACUGAAUCCAUGGUUACUAAAAACCAAACAGCAGGUUGAAAGACUUGUUCCAUUGUUACUAAACACUAAGCAGCAAGUUGGAAUACUGGAUCCAUGGUUACUAAACACUAAACAGCAAGUUGAAAGACUUGUUCCAUUGUUACUAAACACUAAACAGCAAGUUGGAAUACUGGAUCCAUGGUUACUAAAAACCAAACAGCAGGUUGAAAGACUUGUUCCAUUGUUACUAAACACUAAACAGCAAGUUGGAAUACUGGAUCCAUGGUUACUAAACACUAAACAGCAAGUUGAAAGACUUGUUCCAUGGUUACUAAACACUAAACAGCAAGUUGAAAGACUUGUUCCAUUGUUACUAAACACUAAACAGCAACAAGUUGAAAGACUUGUUCCAUGGUUACUAAACACUAAACAGCAAGUUGGAAUACUUGUUCCAUUGUUACUAAACACUAAACAGCAAGUUGGAAUACUUGUUCCAUUGUUACUACACACUAAACAGCAAGUUGGAAUACUUGUUCCAUUGUUACUAAACACUAAACAGCAAGUUGAAAGACUUGUUCCAUUGUUACUAAACACUAAACAGCAUGUUGGAAUACUGGAUCCAUGGUUACUAAACACUAAACAGCAAGUUGAAAGACUUGUUCCAUUGUUACUAAACACUAAACAGCAAGUUGAAAGACUUGUUCCAUUGUUACUAAACACUAAACAGCAAGUUGGAAUACUGAAUCCAUGGUUACUAAAAACCAAACAGCAGGUUGAAAGACUUGUUCCAUUGUUACUAAACACUAAGCAGCAAGUUGGAAUACUGGAUCCAUGGUUACUAAACACUAAACAGCAAGUUGAAAGACUUGUUCCAUUGUUACUAAACACUAAACAGCAAGUUGGAAUACUGGAUCCAUGGUUACUAAACACUAAACAGCAAGUUGAAAGACUUGUUCCAUGGUUACUAAACACUAAACAGCAAGUUGAAAGACUUGUUCCAUUGUUACUAAACACUAAACAGCAAGUUGGAAUACUUGUUCCAUUGUUACUACACACUAAACAGCAAGUUGGAAUACUUGUUCCAUUGUUACUAAACACUAAACAGCAAGUUGAAAGACUUAUUCCAUUGUUACUAAACACUAAACAGCAAGUUGAAAGACUUAUUCCAUUGUUACUAAACACUAAACAGCAAGUUGGAAUACUGGAUCCAUGGUUACUAAACACUAAACAGCAAGUUGAAAGACUUGUUCCAUGGUUACUAAACACUAAACAGCAAGUUGAAAGACUUGUUCCAUUGUUACUAAACACUAAACAGCAAGUUGGAAUACUUGUUCCAUUGUUACUACACACUAAACAGCAAGUUGGAAUACUUGUUCCAUUGUUACUAAACACUAAACAGCAAGUUGAAAGACUUAUUCCAUUGUUACUAAACACUAAACAGCAAGUUGGAAUACUGGAUCCAUGGUUACUAAACACUAAACAGCAAGUUGAAAGACUUGUUCCAUUGUUACUAAACACUAAACAGCAUGUUGGAAUACUGGAUCCAUGGUUACUAAACACUAAACAGCAAGUUGAAAGACUUGUUCCAUUGUUACUAAACACUAAACAGCAAGUUGAAAGACUUGUUCCAUUGUUACUAAACACUAAACAGCAAGUUGGAAUACUGGAUCCAUGGUUACUAAAAACCAAACAGCAGGUUGAAAGACUUGUUUCAUUGUUACUAAACACUAAACAGCAAGUUGGAAUACUGGAUCCAUGGUUACUAAACACUAAACAGCAAGUUGAAAGACUUGUUCCAUUGUUACUAAACACUAAACAGCAAGUUGGAAUACUGGAUCCAUGGUUACUAAAAACCAAACAGCAGGUUGAAAGACUUGUUCCAUUGUUACUAAACACUAAACAGCAAGUUGAAAGACUUGUUUCAUUGUUACUAAACACUAAACAGCAAGUUGAAAGACUUGUUCCAUUGUUACUAAACACUAAACAGCAAGUUGAAAGACUUGUUUCAUUGUUACUAAACACUAAACAGCAAGUUGAAAGACUUGUUUCAUUGUUACUAAACACUAAACAGCAAGUUGAAAGACUUGUUCCAUUGUUACUAAACACUAAACAGCAAGUUGAAAGACUUGUUCCAUUGUUACUAAACACUAAACAGCAAGUUGGAAUACUGGAUCCAUGA